UUAUGUGCCUGUGCACGCUUUUAGAGACCAACCAACCAACACUCGCGACCAACGCGUGCGGUGUCUCACAUUGCGCGCGUGGCGGGGCGGGAACCGAGAGAGCGCGAGAGAAGAGACAGGGACAAGCCGACAGUAAAUAUAUUUAUAUCAGAAAAGAGGAGGUGAAUCGCGUUGGCAGAUCGCUCGUUUACGCAGACUUUUAUCCAUUCACAACUUUUCGCUCCAUUUCAAAAAGCCCCAAAAUCCACUUAUUAGACAACGACUUGAGGAGCCUACAGUCGUGCGGAUCGUGUCAGCGUUUGACCCACUGUUGCUCAUCCACUUAGAAGUACCCCUAAGGAGACUAGACGAGUUGCCAUGGAAACUGUUCUGGUCUUCCUUUUUUCCCUCCUAGUCUAUGAGACGGCUUUGUCUGACUCUGCUGCCCAAGAUGGAAAAGAGAAGGGAUUGGAUCCAUUUGUAUAUGACUAUGAGAGUUUGAGGAUCGGGGGUUUGGCGUUUGCUGUGGUGCUGUUUGCUCUGGGAGUGCUCCUUAUUCUCAGCCGUAGAUGCCGCUGCAGUAUCAACCAGAAGCCCAGGGCUCCAGGAGAUGAAGAAGCUCAAGCAGAGAACCUUGUGGUCUCCCAGGCCAAGGAGACUCCUAAAGCAGAGAACUGAAGCAGUCCAGUGUUGUUAAAUGCAUAGCCAUGGCUGAAUGACUUCACUGAUCCUGCGGAUGCUGAUGAUGAUGAAGCUGAUUCCAGACCAUGGCUAUGAGAGGAAAGAGAGGAGACAAGAGAUUUGUGGGAGGAGGCGAUGGGCCAGUGUCUUGUACGUAGACCUCUUGUCCUGUCACGUGAACAGUAACCGUAUCCGUCUUUCCAUGCGUGCCCUUUUGCAAUAGUCUGUCUUGAGUGAGUUGUUAAAGCAAAACUAGCCACUUUCUGCAGAUCAUUCUUAAUGUUUUUGGCUCCUCCCCAACUGAACUUGUGCAUGUGGUUAUAAGGAACAGUUCACCCAAAAAUGAAUAUUCUUAUUUCGUUCCAAAUAUGUAUGCAGUUAUUAUUUAUUUAUUUAUUUAUUUAUUUUUUAUUUUUUUUAUGUUGAACACAAAACGACACAUUAUUAAAUAAUCUUUAUGUAGCCCUUAUCAUAUAAUGACAAAACCUAAAAAAUAAAAAUAAAAAAAAACACCAUAGUUUUAAUUUUUGGAUGAACUGUCCCUUUAAUAAUAAAAAUAAACUGUUUUAACAUCCAACAGUGAAUAACUGUUGCUGUUAUUGUUGGUGGGACCAUUUGUUAUUGUCAUUUGUGUGACACCUGCUGUUUUUUCUCUUGUAUAUUGUAUAGAUUAUAUGCACACAUGUUUAAAGUAUUUAAUAUAAGUAUUGAUUCAUAUGUGAUGAAGAAUAUAUAUUUGAAUAUACAAUGUACACGUGUGCGUGCGUAUGGAUAGAUCCUGUAGAGCUGGUACGGAUGUGUGUGUGCAUGUAUGCCCACAUUCAGGGCACCUCCUCCAGACAAUCUUUCGAUCAUUGUACCCAGACCAAGCACAAAAACAAAACACAGUACCACCACUGUACCAGAGGGGGCACUAUACCACUGUCCUCUGAUCAGCUGCAACACUGCCGGGCUCAAAGCCCCUAUUCGGACCCACAGUCUAAACAUCUGCGGCCUGAGAACGAGACCGCAGGAGCAGUUCACUUCACCAUAGUGCCGCAAACCUGUGUCCUUUACCUUUACUAUCAUGUCUUCUGUAGCCUACGUAUUCACUUUCUUAAAUUAAUGAUUCACCCAGAAAUGUAAAUAUUUUAUCAUUGUCUACUCACCCUCAUGUCGUUAAAACUAAACAAACAAGAUGGUUGUCUUUGUUAUGUGGAGCACAAAAUGAGGUAUUUUGCUGAAUGUCCAAGCAGCUGUUUUUCAUAUAGUAAUGUAAAGCUAGCACAUGUGCAGGCAACCUCCGUUUGCUAGUGUGUCACACAGAUGGUCAACAUAUGCGCACAAGGAAGUUUCAUCCUUUUCCAGUGUCUUUGCUAUUUCUAUCUAGAAGUUAUGAGCAACAAAAAUGUCAAUUGUUGUCUUCGAAAGUAGUUGUUUGUUGUUGUUGACUGUGAAACAACGGGGAAGGGCAGUGUUGCCACCUUGUGGACAAACUCAAUAGUGCAAAAUAUGCAGCUAGAAAAAUGUGUAAAAAUGAAGUUUACUUUGGCCUGCUUAGGAACUUAGACUUUGGUACACACGAAAAGCACCAUAAAACUAUCAUAAUGUAUUUCAUAUGACUUAUAUUCCUUCUGAUGACAUAAGUAAGGGACAGACUGAAAUUUAAACCAUUAUUUGCUGAAAAUCUCCAAUGUAGCUCUCAAAUCUCAUUCAGCUCUCUUCUAUGUUAGUGUGCACAUUUUGCGUUUUCUGCAAAUGACUUAAAUUUCAAUCUGACACUCCACAGUUAUGGUGAACGUGAGAUUAUAUGACUUUCAAAUCACAUUAAGUUGAGUAAACAAUGACAGAAUAUUGAUUUUUGGGUGAACUAAGCUUUUAACAUCAGUCAUAUUUAUGAACUGUUCAAUGGGACCAACAUAUCGGCCUCUAAAGAGACAAAGCUUUGCAUUUGUGUGUGUCUGCGUAUGUAUGUAAGUGUGUGAGUUGUUCCACACAUCACUUGCUGUGAUAAACCUUUGAGAGUUAUAGAAAUGUAGUUCAGUUUAUACAGAGAGAAGCAUUUCACUGAAUAUUAAUCACAUGUAUUCAAGAACACAGUCUAACGCUACAGAUGCUUCGCUAUUAGAGAGGAAUUUAAUACAUAUUCGUCUCAUAUCUGUGCAGCUGCUGUGUAUGACCGCUCUUUGUGCUUCAAAAUAAAUAAAGUCUUUGUCUGACACAGG